UUUAGUCUGUGGACGUUCUUCUGGCGUGUUGCUUGUGUUUGUGAUCAUUAUUUUUCCAAAAUACAUAAUAUCGCUAAUCGCCAAUUUCUUGAAACAAAACAUUGACUCCUAGUUAUUUAAAAUGGAUAAAAGAGAACGUCGGUCUAAUGCGGGCAAUUUGCUAGCGAAAGUGCUUGAUGAGGAGGAAGAAGAUGAAUUCUAUGCGACAACUUACGGUGGAUUCCAAGAAACUGAGGAAGACGUUGAUUACAAACAAGAGAAAGAAGUAGAUGAUGAAGUGGACUCAGAUUUUAGUAUCGAUGAAAAUGAUGAACCUAAGUCGGACGAAGAGGCAGAUGAGAAACGGACAAGGAAAAGUGGCACUAAAGUCUACAAGGAUCCAAACAGAAGGAAAAAAGCCGGUGCUGCAGCAGGUCCUUCUCUUGGUGAAAAGGUGAAAAAAGCUGAGCAGAGGAAAGCACCUAAGCCCAAACCGGAGAAAACAGAAAAAGUGGAGAAAGAAAAGCCUGAGAAAUCAGAAAGGACUGAACGAGCAGUUGUUGGUGACUCUUCAAUAGAGCGAAAAUCAAUAAGGCAAAGUACAGCAGUGAAAUCAGCAGAAACACUCCAAAGAAUUAAGAUCAGGUCUGCAUUAAAGAAAAAGAAACCUAAGAAGGUUGAAGACAGGAUGCCCACUCAAGAAGAACUGCUUGAAGAAGCUUUGAUCACUGAGAAGGAGAAUCUAAAGAGUUUGGAGAGAUUUGAACAAAUCGAAUUAGAGAGGAAAAAGAUACGACCCACUAAGAAGACUAUAACUGGACCUACGAUAAGGUAUCAUUCAUUUGCUGUUCCCAUAAUAGAAGAAAUACCACCAGCGGAAGACAAGUCUAGCCUACUAGGAGACCUGAAUUUGAGUGAUAUUAUCAAACACGAAGAUGGUGUCUCAGAAGGCCAAGAAGUAAAGACUGAAGAACCGGACCAGCCUACUGAACCAGCGGAACCUGUAACCAAGAUGGACGUGGACUUCAUAGGACCUGACGAGGAAGUCAGCAUUGAGAAAGUGCCUAAAGAUGAAAAAUCACAGAAGAAGAAGGAACCACAGAACAUGAAAUACUACGAGCGCACUCUGCUAUCAUUCGAAAAUGAUAUCAAGGAUAAAGCAUUUAGGUCGUGUUUCCCAAAGCAGAAUGUCAAGAAGCCAAGACAAUUGCUUUGUGCUGUUACUAAACGACCAGCUCGCUACAUCGAUCCCAUAACGAAAUUACCAUACAGAAGCGUAGACGCGUUCCGGAUCAUACGCGAGGCGUACUACCAACAGUUAGAGGCUAGAGGCGACAGGAACGACCCACAAAUAGCCGCCUGGCUACAAUGGCGGAGAGCAGACCAGGCCUCCACAUACGUACAGAUACAUAUUAAGUAAAUAUAGUAUAAUUAGUUUAGGCAUACAAAGCAAAAUAGCCCAAAUUGUCAUAUAAGUAUGUACGUCAAUAGGUUUCAAAUAAUGAUGGUCACUGGGGUGGUUUU